CAGGCUUUUCAGUUGUCUAAAAAUGAAAUAAUGUUGUUGACAAUUGACCUCUCCCCGAAUUCUUAUGUAAACAAAGCCCCAGGAAAUGUUUUCGUGUCAAAACAUUUCAUGAGUUUCCACGUCACCCUGCCAACUGGAGAAAACAACAAACAAACGCAAAAUGGUGACGUUUUUCCAACUAAAUCAAAAGGAGUGCAAACGUGUCUGCUGGGCGCGGCCCGCGGCCCCAAAAGCAAAGAAGGGAAAAAAAAGUUUUAAAAGUAAAAAACAAAAAAGCAAAAGAGUGCGCUGGCAGCGCAUUAACUUACGUCACUUAAUAUCUGCGCUCCCAUUGGCUCACCGGCCUGUCAGUCCGGCGGUUUGGGAGCGUGUCUACAAUCACGACUGGUCUUGCGUCGAAGAAGAAAAAAAGCAGCAGCCAACAAAAUGUGUUCGGUGCCCGACGGCAAAAAGCUGGUCCGCAGCCCGAGCGGCCUCCGCAUGGUGGCCGAGAACGGAGCCUUCAACAGUCCCUUCUGCCUGGAAGAGCCCCGAUGGGUGCCAGACAAAGACUGCCCCCGAUGUAUGCAGUGCGACGGCAAGUUCGACUUCAUCAGGCGCAAGCACCACUGUCGGCGUUGCGGCCGCUGCUUCUGCGACAAGUGCUGCGGCAAGAAGGCGGCGCUGCCGCGCAUGAGCUUCGUGGACCCGGUGAGGCAGUGCGCCCGCUGCGCCCUGCUGUCGCACAAGGAGAGCGACUUCUACGACAAGCAGAUCAAAGCGCUGCUGGCGGGAAGUACCUUCGCGGUCACCGUGGGAGCGUCCGACAAGUGUGAAACGAUGACUUGCCGCCUCUCCAACAACCACAGGUACCUGUUCCUGGACGGCGAAAGCCACUUUGAGGUGGACUUGUCCGCCAUCUGCAGCAUGCAGAUCCUGACCGAGGCCAGCGGUCCAGGAGAGAACGAACGGAUCGACACGUACGCCGGCCUGCUGGACGCUCAGUUUGCCUGCGAAGGCACGUCUCCGUGCGCUAGCGGCAUGCUAGUCCGCUACAAGCCGUCAGGCUCGCAGGACGCGCAGCAGCUGCGAUUAGACGGCGCCGCCGCCGGCGACCAGAAGGCGACGGCGGCGUGGCUGGCGGCCAUGCACAAGGCGACCAAGCUCCUGCACGAAUCUCGGGAGCUGGAGUGAGUCCAAGAGGAGCCGACCCGCGCGGACGCCGGCGGCUUGCUGCUUCCGCAAAGUUCCCGCUUUCUCCGGACGCCAUUUUCUACCUUGUUUACUACUUCAAACGUCGGCCCUUUUCUCUUGCCGUUUCUACUAAGAACCUUCUUGGAACUCCCGGAAAGCCGUUUGAGCAUUUAUUAGAUAUCGUACUAGUGCGCUGAAUUGGCUCACUCGUGGCAAACGAGCAUACCAGCGCCUCCGGGACGUCCAGCUGGAUGAAUGCACAAACGUUUUUCCAGCCGUUGCGUGCUGAGUGCGACGUUCUGUCCUGGUGAAGUCCAAACACGUCACGAACAAGAAGCUAAUGUCCGCUUUGUGUCGUAGGACGGGAAAGGAAUUGUGGGAAAUGUAGUCCUGAAGGCGCUGGAUGUGCAUAUUGCUACUUUUGACAGCGUUGGUCUUCCUCAUUCUCGUGCUUUUGACCUCGGUCGGGUUUUAAAUGGCCCCCCUGACGUAGCAGGUUGGGGAGCAAAAAAACAUUUCCAGAGAGAUGAUGACGAUGAUUAUGACGAUGGUUGGGAAUUUUGGAAGUUUCAUGUUUCGGAUUAGUUGGGGCUAAAAUAUUUGGAUUGGGACUGUUGGGCUUCGUGUUUGAGUUAGGGUGUUUGUUUAGCGUUAGGAUGCGAAUGUGAGGGGUUAGAGUUGGGGUCAGAGUUCAGGCUACAGUUGGGCUUUGAGCACGGUUGGGCAAAGUAUGGCACGGGGGUCCAAAAAUAGCUCACUGCGUUUUUUUUAAUCCGGCCCAUCUUAAUCAAUAAUUGUUUUUGUUUUUUUUGUAUGAAGGACGGGACGGACGGCCCAAAUCGGAGCAGCCGAAUGAAGGACAACUCGUAUUAAUCGCGUUUGGCUGACAAAAUGUCUUCUUCAGCUUUUAGCACUGCUGCUAAAGAUGAUUUUUCGAUGCUUGGCACCCAAAAGUUGACCAGCUUCACUAAAGCGUGCGCGUGCGCCGAGAUUCAAUUGAUUUGUACGCCGGCGCCUCAUUUCUUGACGUCAUUUGGAAAUAAAAAGCAUCGCUUCGA